AGUACGGACGUAUUGUUUUUUUUGCUUGCUCCGUGCGUUUGUAAAAUGGAUAAGUGUCUCAAAAGAUCGCAGCCUUCAACAUCUGGUACAAGUGUCAACAGCGGUGGUGAAUCAAACCCCAAAAAAAUAGAUAAUACGAUGGCAUUUAUUUGAAAUACUGGUUCACAGUCAUAAAUAAUAAACCUCUAUGUGUCAUUUGUGACUAUGUUCUAUCAUGUGAGAGUAUGAAACCGUCAAAACUUAUACGGCAUCUCACAACCAAGCAUCAAAAAGAAGCUGAUAAGCCGUUAGAUUUCUUUGAACGAAAGUUGAAAGCUCUUAGUCAGCAGCAAAAUACUAUGAUUCAGGUAUCCAGUGUCAAUGAGUCAGCAUUAUUAGCUAGCUACAAAGUCGCAUAUCGAGUUGCUAAAGCAGGGAAACCGCAUACCAUUGCCGAAAAUUUGAUUUUGCCAGCAGCUCUUUAUAUGGUUGAAAUUAUGGUCAGCAAGCAGGAGGCAAACAAGUUAAAAAACAUACCACUUUCUGACAAUACUAUUUCACGCAAAAUAAACGAUAUGGCUAAUGAUAUUCAAGAACAAGUNCCUCCUGCUUGUUAA